CAAAAAAUCAAAACUGUCAAAUGUACAUAGCCUUAAAUGAAUCAAAUAAAAUCGCAGUUUCAUUUCGCUUAUUUUUCCAACAUUCAUCAUUUUCAAACCAGAAAAGACUGAAACAUAUUUGAAUUGUUGUAGCGGUUAAAAAUGGCAUCAGCGCUUGAUUCGUACGUAAAUAAUACUGUAUCAAUAAUAACAGCCGAUGGUCGAAAUUUUGUGGGAACUCUAAAGGGAUUCGAUCAAACGAUUAACAUAAUAUUGGACGAAUCACACGAACGAGUUUUCUCAACAGCAAACGGAAUUGAACAAGUCGUUCUUGGACUGCACAUUAUUCGUGGCGACAAUAUUGCAAUCAUUGGACAGAUUGACGAAGCAAUUGAUAGUAGACUAGAUUUCCAGGCUAUCCGUAGUGAACCUCUUGGACCUGUGGUUCAUUAGAACAAAAUCGAUUUUAAAAAUUAGGUAAUACAGUUCAUUUUGAAAAAUUAUGCACACCAAUAUUGUUCAAUGAAACCAAUGUUUUAAAAUACUUUGCCAACCAUUCGAGAGUCUCUUCAAAUAAAUCCACAGUUUACUCAUCCAAA